AGGGGCGGAGGCGGAGGUGUAUGCCAUGUGGUCAAUAAAGAUGAUAAAAGAUGGCUGGUGUAGUGUCGCAACUGGACGUUGAACAAUUGUUUUUCACAGCUAUUGGAUUGAAAACAAGUCGUUGAUACCGAUAAGUUGUUACUCGAAGCUUCCACAUUGAGAUAAAUGGUAUCCUCAGAACAACAGCCUAUCCUUGGCUGAGGAGUGCUGCUUCUUAAUCCUGUUACAAAUGUAUAAUCACUCUGUGUAAACAACGAAAGCAGUGUGCCAAGAUUCAAAAAGGUGCUGAAGAUGGUAUCAUGUACUUACCACAGUAAUGCUCAUGUGUGCACAUGAACACACAUAUAUGCACACAUACUUGGUUGAGGUUGAUGUGAAGAAAUUCAGGGGCAUUUUGGUCAUGACAGUCAGUCGUCAUGAACAGUGGCAGAGGAAGAAAGAUGGUCCCAGUGGUGCGGCCAAGCAAGAUGGUGGAAUUAGUGAAUUACUGGGGCAGCAGCAGCAAGAUUAACAGUGAAGGAAGCCACAGCCAUGUGGAGUAUAUUAUGACCAAAGAUGAAGAAGAUGGAAGAGUUGGUGCAGCGCGUGCCUUGGAUGAUGUACAUAAUAAACUUCCAAGAAUCCAGGAAUUGCCCAUACCAGAAAAUUUUUCUCAGGAUUGUGAUGAAGAGAGAAAAUAUGAACACAAUGCUCAAAUUACUGAACAAUGUGCAGAACCCUUACAUGUGCUUCAUAAACCAGCAGUGCCUGAAAAGAUAGCUAUUGAAAGUGAGAGAGAGUUGUCUCCAAAUGAGGAAGGACAUAAAGGAAGAUGGAAGAAGAAGAAAAGAAGACACCGAGUUACAAUUUGCACAACAAAUUGCAAAUAUGAGGUGGUUCGACAAAUAGCCAUGAAGCUAGGAAUGAUGGAUGUGUGUGAAGAUGACUCAUGGAAUCUCUACUGGACCGAUACAUCAGUAUCAAUUGAGAGAGUCAAAGAAAUGAAAAGAUUCCAGAAAAUAAAUCACUUCCCAGGCAUGUCGGAGAUUUGUCGUAAGGAUCUGCUGGCUCGCAAUCUUAACCGCAUGUUUAAAAUGUUUCCCAAUGAAUAUAAUUUCUUCCCUAAAACUUGGUGUCUUCCAGCCGAUUACAGAGAAUUGGUGGCUUAUGCACAGACUGCGAAAAACCAAACUUAUAUCUGUAAACCAGAAACUGGAUGCCAAGGGAGAGGCAUUUAUAUCACAAAACAUAUCACUGAAAUUAAACCACAUGAUAAAAUUGUUUGCCAGAUUUAUAUUUCAAGGCCAUUUCUUGUGGAUGGUUUCAAGUUUGACUUGAGACUUUAUGUCUUAAUAACAUCAUGUGAUCCCUUGAGAAUCUAUGUCUACAAUGAAGGACUUGUGAGGUUAGCCACAAGCCGAUACCAAGAACCAACUGUCACCAACACUAGCAAUGUGUUCAUGCACCUUACUAAUUAUUCUGUCAACAAACACAGCCACACUUACAUUGUGGAUGAUGAAGCUGGCAGUAAAAGGAAAAUAUCAACACUCACUAACUGGUUGUUGAAGAAGAAUUAUGAUGUUCAAGAGAUGUGGUCAAACAUCGAUGAUGUAAUUGUAAAGACAUUAGUUGCCGCUCAUCCUGUCCUAAAACAUAGCUAUCAUGCAUGCUUCCCAGCACACGACUUUACAUAUGCCUGCUUUGAACUCUUGGGAUUUGACAUCUUAUUAGACUACAGACUUAAACCAUAUCUAUUAGAGGUAAAUCAUUCUCCAAGCUUCCAUAUAGAUGCUCAGAUUGACUGUGAUGUAAAAGAGAGUCUUCUUAAAGAUACGUUUAUUAUCCUGAACCUUAAACAGUCUGACAAAAGGAAAGUAUUAGAGGAGGACCGACGAAGAGUCCGUGAAAGACUGCUGCAAGGCAUUAAUCACAAGGAAAUUGAACAAAGGAAUAAUGCUGCUGCAAGUUCUGGAUCAAGUCCUCAAGAUCAUUGGAAAGGUCACAGUGCCUGGGAAGAGUCCCAUUUGGGGAACUACCAUUGUGUCUAUCCUUGCCUUGGUUAUGAUAAAUAUGAGCAGUUCUUCCAUCAGAACCAGGGUUCAUUGUUCCAGGAUACAGCUGCAUCCAGAGCAAGAGAAGAGUAUGCCCGUAUGCAGAGAGAGGAGUUACAGGUGAAAGCAAAGGCAGGAUAUCGUAAGGCUGGGCAGAAAAACAAGAAUGUUGACAAGCUGCAGCCUGAAUCCCCAUUGAGCAGAGAAAGCAAGACUGCCCCAGCAAUAAAGAAAAGAUAUAUGUUACCAAAACGUGUUGCAGAAAAAAAGCUGUCUUUUCUUAAUUCAUUUGAACCAGGUCAGAUUGUAGAGUGUGAAGAAAGGACAAGAAAUAUAAGAAUGGCAGAGAGAGACUUCCUGUUGAAAAGGCUUGGCAUUGCAGGACAGAUUGUUAAUGCAAUGAAGAAGAAUGGCAGUGUAAGGCUGGACAGAGAGAAACAAUUUAAUCUGUAUAGAAAGAUGUACAACUCUUCACAUGCUAUAGAUGAAGAGAGUAGUAAACUUCCAUCCAUGUUUUCCAGUGCUACUAAGCCUCAUUUUCCACAUCACAUCAACAGGAGCAAUUUUGUCAUUAAUCCAAAUCCUCGUUUGAGCAUUACUUGCAACAAUGCUCCAAUAUUUAAGCGUCCACAUGUUCCUCAUGAUACCUGGCUGGAAGGGAUCAGCAAAGAAAAAGAUGUUCGGUUUACCAAGAGUCAUGUGGCACGAUCCAUUACAAACACGUAUAAACUGCAAGAAGUGGUUAGAAGGAAACUACAGCACAAUUCUUAAAGCCAGAGCCAGAGUUGAAUUCAGGUUUGAACCACCCUAACUUACCACUUUUUGCAGCAGGACUGGUUUGUUGCAAAACACUUGUGUACUUCAUAUCAUACCAUGCCACAAAUGUUGAGUUGUUCUUUAAUGAAUAUUCUAGAAUACACGGCGCCAGAUCCCAGAAGACGACUUUCUUCAUUCUAGUCAUUUGUUUAACUUUUUAAAAGUUUUGUUUCUUUAAAAGUAAAUGUGCUGUAACUAGGUUUCUCUUUGAUAUUUAUAUUCAAUGCUCAGAGUAGAAGGAAGGGAUUCUGACAAAUGAUUUAAUAACUUAAUUUUUAAAAACAGCCAAAAAAAUAUAUUUCACACAGUAAACUUGUAACAGUGGCCCAAAUCUUCCAGUAUGUUCCAGUAUACAAUUUAUGCAAUAUUAUUAUUAUGCAAGUAUUUCUGCCAGCAUCUGAAAAUAAAACAUUUAUGUUUCUUUUUAGAGCAUAGUUAGAAUGUUGAAUAUUAUGAACUUGUUUUAAAGAUACGAGGUUUUCACAGAAAUGGAGUUUCAUAUUUUGGUCUUAUGGGUUGGUACCAACAUGCAUGUGGCAACCACUGGCAGAGGGAAGUCAAGUCAACACCUCUCCAUUGAAAAAGCCUCCUUGCAUUCCUACGUGGGAGGAAUGAAGUGCUUCCGCAAUGUGUUCAGGGAGCAGCCAUCUUCCCUGUUUGUGUUAUGCUUUUAUAAAAUUUUUAAGGGACUAGAUUAAAAAAAAUUGUAUGGUUGGAUGUCUUCACUGAGAAGUGCCAGUAAUUAAUAUAUUUUGUAUUAAAAUCUUCAAAAGAAAUAAAAUGUCUGAACAAAAAAGUAAUUUUUACAUUUCAAAAGAUGCUUAUUCAUCUUAACAGUGAAUUAAUGUGUGUUUCUGUCUGUAAGAGCUCACUUUGAAACUGUUUUUCUCUAAAAGUAGCAAGUUGCAUUGAAAUAGUGUCUGUUAAUUUAUUUUUCUUCUAAAGGUCAUCAUAGUGUCUGGUUCAAAUAUGGAAGUAUCUUUCAAGAUACUUUCCUACAGUAAAAGUGUGACACAGACAUACAUUACAAAACUAAAAUGUAUGAAAUUUUGUAAGCAGAUAGACCUGUAGGAGUAGAGUGAAUGAAAUAUUCACUUUGGUUACUUGAUUUUCUUUUUGAUGUUGAAGCUUAGUUUAAAAUUUGUGGAAAAUAGUACUUACACCAUCAUAUUUUAAUCCUGAAUCACUACCACUUGCCUUAUCCUGGAGCUUAAAUAAACAUAAUAUCUUACCACUUUGGAAAAUGUGUGGUGGGGUUGUACACUUUUUCUGAAAUGUCUUCUAUUUUACAGGUUUCCAUUUCCAACACUAGAAACCUAGUUUGCAAUAUAAUGUGUGUUGGUAGCUUGCAACACUAGCUCACUGCCACCAGAAAAUACAAUUACAUAAAAUAAACAGACCUUGAUAUUUCAACAAAAAUUUGUUCAAAAUCAGUAUAUCCAUGCUGAAACUUUAUGUAUGUGAGUUAUUUGGGUUGACCCUCAAUAUUUUCAUUUUAUAUACAAGCCAUACUCAGUCAAAAAAAUAAA